GCAAUACGUCGUAAGAUUGCCUUUUGUAAACUAAUCACUCCUUGUCGCUUACGCGCUUUGUAGCUGCACGCUAUUAGACGCCUGCAAGCAUGAGCUGACGAUGCACUGUCGAACAUUUGAACCUUUUCGAGGGGAUGCGCGUGUUCUAAGGCAUCAGCACUGGUCGCACUAGAAAUUUACCGGCCCCGUGACUGGCAACUUUUACGUUAGGUGCCACGUGAUUCCACGCAUUCGGUGUAAACGUGGUACUCAUGAGCGAGCAUACAAAGAGCUCUAGCUCUUGUCUAACGGACAUGGCACUGUGCUUUGAGGAACACCUUAUCUUCACAGCGGGCCGCCAACAACUCGGCCCUGCGAGGGCUAGUUUAGGCGGAGAUAUCUCUGUUCGGACUAUAAAUUCUACUGGCACACAUAUGUCUGGAAACGAAGGGAACUCUUCGGGUGGACAGGAUGCACUGCCGGCUUCGCUGUUCUUUCAUUACCCACUUUGUAGAGGGAACGUGCCCCCAGCACGGUGGGCACAUGCUGCUGCCGUUGUGGACGGCGUGCUAUGGGUCUACGGAGGCGUGGGAAAUUCCGUCCUCGAUGACCUUUGCGCCCUUGAUGCUGACACGUUAUCCUGGAGAGUAGUUAGCACGCAUGCUGCUCGGGCCAAGGACAGGCCUGAAAAGAUGCUUGGUCACGCAGCGGCCGCAAUCGGCAGCAAGAUUUGGAUUUUCGGCGGCCAGCAAGGCCGCAAGUUCCUGCGCACGCUGUACUGCUUCGACACCGAAACGUGCACCUGGACUCGUCGCGACACGGACUCCCUGCCACCCGCCCGCGCCGGCCAUGCCAUGGUCACCGUACACGGCAGCGUGGUCUACCUCUUCGGCGGCCAGGGCAAACGCCUGUACAACGACCUCUACAAACUGGACCCGGCCACAGGCACGUUUGCCGAGGUGGAGGCGUCUGGCAAGCCGCCCACGCCGCGGCGCGGUCACAGCAUGGUGUGGGACGGCAAGGACUACCUGGUCUGCUUUGGCGGCAUCAAUGCGUCCUCCACAGACGCGCAGCUGACGGUGUUUUCGCUGUCGCGCGGCGCGUGGUUCACGCCGCAGGCUUUCGGGCCCGCGCCCUCCGCGCGCACGCAGCACACUGCGCAGCUGCUGUCGCCCGGCGUGAUCCUCAUCUUUGGCGGCUGCAACAGCUCCGGCACGUUUUUCAACGACACCGUUCUGCUAGACACGCGGACGUUCACCUGGCACAAACCCACGCUGCUCAACACCGCACCCGCGCCGCGCUACCACCACACCUGCUGCGUGGUUAACGGUCGUACGGUCAUAUACGGCGGCAUCAACAGCAAGCAGACGUUUGACGGUGUGGUAAUCGUGGAAAGCAAGUUCAUGUCAGACAUAAGCAGCGUUGCGGAGGAGCUUCUGCGCAUGUCCGCGGAUGCGUCCUCAGCGCCGGCGUCGAUGUUCAUGCCGACCAGCAAUGCGCCCGCGGGUUUAGCGACCGCACCCAGGAUGUUGUCAUCGCUGGUGGGACCACCGGGACCGGCGCCCUCGGCUUCAUCCGCGCAGUCGCUGGGCGGCACGCAGACUGCGCAGAGCGCCCAGGGGCCGACACAGCCGGGGCAGGGCGGUGCUGGGGCGGGGGCGGGAGCUGCAGAGCAGCUGUUUGCCGGCAACAGCAGCAAGUCGUUGGAUGCGGUGAAGGUGCAGCUAACGGACUUGCUGCUGCGGAGGAACUUGGAGGAGCAGCAGCUGCACACCGCCAAGAAGGCCGAGACGACGGAGUCCCUUUUGUGUAAGGAGCGCGAGGCUCGCGAGGCCGCUGUGAAGGAGCUGCUUCAAUGCAAGCUGCUGCUGUCGGAGGCGGAGGCAGACAAGUCAGCGGCGCAGCAGCAGCUGCAAGAGGUGCUGGGCAAGGCAAACCGUGAGGCGGCGGCGUUGGCUGGGCUUCGGAGCCAGCUUGAGGCACUGCAGGCCAAGCUGGCAUCACGCGAGGAGGAGCUGCAAGAGGCGCGGCUGCUGCAGGACGGGCUGGUGAAGGAGCUAGGCAUCAUGGCCUCCCGCUACAGCCGCCUUGCGGUGGACAUCCAGGAGGGCGGCAGCGGCGGCGCCGAGCACACCACCCGGCACUCCCAGCAGCCCACCACCGGCAUCACCAUCAGCAGCGGCAUCAGCGGCAUCGGCGGCUCCGGAACCACCAAUCGGAGCAGCCUGGGAAGCAUGCUGGCCUCGCAAACGGUGCGGCUAUCCGCUCCGACGCCCGGCAGCAUGGCCGUCGCUGGGGGUGCUCGGAACAACAACAACGGCAACGGCAACAACGGUAGCAACAACACGGAGGCCACGGGCGGCGUCGUUGAGGCGGCAGUUCAGCCGAGCGGCAGCUACAGCGUGCCGCUUCCAGAGCCCUCUGUGCGCACCAUGCUGACUUCGGGGGUUGGUGUGCCUGCGCUGUCCGCAUCCUGUACGGCUUCUGAGUUGAAUAGCAGCAGCGGCGGCGGC